AGCGCAUUCGAUAGCCUCUUCCAUAAAAAUGGAGCGGUCUCGUCGUAUCGUGACCUGUUUUACGAUAGAUGUUAAAUAAAAUAUAUGGUAGUCUGGUAACUGUAUAAGAGGAAGUGUAUCGUCUGGUGUUUUAAAGUUAUUUAUUAGGUGGGACCUCACUGCACGCUACAGAUCGAAGUUGGUUUCCGAACAUGGCGGGCGUUAGCGAUAGAGAUUGCCCUGUUUCUGGCGAUACUCACGAUGCCUACAGAUCCUGGUUUGAGGAAGUGGAAAACGUGUGCACGACGGCCGUAGUCGAGAAAAGAAGCGAUAUCAUGAAGAAAAGUUACGAAUAUCUGGAAGCAAGAUACACCGAAAUCAAGCUUCUAAUGGAUCGUUUAUCGGGCGAUCGGGUAGGUACGACCCACCAGUAUCCGACGAGAAAGCAACUCAACGAUUCAUCUUAUCUGGACAGAAGCUCACCCGGGGUGUCAAAUGUUGCCGCCUUAAGUCAAAAUAUUCCGGAUACUGGUAACAACGGGGUUUGGAGACAGCAGAACGACAAGUCGGAGACCAAGGUUGUGACAAAAUUCACCAAAAGCUAUUUUUAUUGCUAAAAAAUUUAUC